GGGGAUGUGGAGCAUUUCAAGUGUCCCGCAGAGGUGGGCCUGGGGCACUCCUCACAGCCACCCCUCCCCACAAACACCCCUCCCCAGGCAACAUUCCUGGGGACCCUAGACCUCCCUUUGGUGGACCGGCUCCCGAGGGUCUCUAAGGUUUUUCACCUUAUCUCUGGGUGAACUGAAGGCAGGGGAAGAGGCGGCCCCACAGCCUGGGUCCCCGAGACCCCGUCCGGGCUGAAAGCAAGAGACGCCGCCUGGAAGCCACUCAUCAAGCAGCUCCGCCGGCUUGGUAAGGGGUGGUCGUUGAGGUCUGGGUCAUUGCCACUGGCUGCUCCCUCCGCUCACUCUAGCUUCCCCGACUCAAGAGCUGCUGAACUAUCGGCGCGUCGGCAAUGGGCUCCUUAGGCUGGCUCCUGCACAGAGAAGGCGGGAGGAGGGCUCUGUGCUGCUUCCCCUGCCUUAGCUGCGCGCUUCCGGCGGGGUCGCCGCCACUUCCGCUCGAGCGCGCCUCGCGCUGUGCGCGCACGGACCCAAGGAAGGAUCGGGUGCGCGGCCCGGGAGACACCGCCGUCUCCUCAAAUCAGCCGGGCCUCCAGCCUCCGCCGCCGCCGCCGCCGCCGCCGCCGCCGAUACCCUGCCUAGGCCUGCGGCGCGCCACCCUCACCUCCUUCAUUCCUACCGUCCACGCCAGCCUUGGCGAACUGACCCGCUUGUGGUCUCGAACUCGGUGGGAGCAGAGCAUGGACAUGGGAACGAGUGGUCUCUUGAAGAAGCCAUGGUGGACCCUGCCUGAAAACUUUGAUGCUCCAAUGGUGUUCCACAUGGAAGAGGACCAGGAGGAGCUUAUCUUCGGGCACAGUGACACAUACCUUCGCUGCAUCGAGAUGAACAGCCACACCCUUAUUCAGCUGGAGAGCUGGUUCACAGCUACAGGCCAGACUCGUGUGACUGUAGUGGGACCACACAGGGCCAGGCAGUGGCUGCUGCACAUGUUCUGUUGCAUGGGGAGCCGGGACCCCUAUCGCCAUGCUCGAGGCCUGGAGAUGCUGGAACGUGUCCGAAGCCAGCCCCUGACCAACGAUGACCUGGUCACCUCCAUUAGUGUGCCACCAUACACUGGAGAUCUGUCUUUGGCUCCCAGAAUAAGUGGAACCGUGUGUCUUAGCGUUCCUCAGCCUUCCCCUUACCAAGUGAUUGGCUGUUCGGGAUUCCAUCUGAGUUCACUCUAUCCAUAAUUAAGGACUGAUUUCCACUGGGAAGUGCAGAUGAGAGAAGUCUUCGCUUCACUUUUGGUGAGAAAGACAUGAAAGACACUGAAGAAAGUUUGGAUUUCUGGGUCGAGUCGUGUCCCUCUGAUGCCUUCUAGGCAUGUGUCUGAGGGAAGUCUCCUGAAUGUAAGAAAGUGUUAUAUUGGCAAAGUAAUCCAAUAAAAUAAGCUACCUAAGAUGAAA